UUUAAAAUGGCUUGAAGUAGACCUGGUAGGACUAAGCGAAUAUGUAGAAGGGAUUAAAAGAAUAAAUGUCCUAAUAACAAAGAGAGCUUACAAAACCUCAAAUAAGACCAUACCUUUCUAUUCAUGUACUUUAAAUAAACUCAAUAAAUAAGAUGGGAAACACUUUAUGAUGCACGAGUAGACAGAAAUCAAAAAAUGAUAACUCUCCAUUGAACGGAGAUUAUGCAGAGAUUUUAUCCUCAGAUUUGUGCUUAAACCAAGAUCCUGACUGACCCUUCGAGGGUACGAACAAUGAGCUGAUAGAGGCUUAUCAAGCUAGAAAACAUGAAAAUGAAUCGUCAAAUUGGAAUAAAUUUUGGUCCAAAUUCAGAAGAAGCACCGAUGAUCUAAAAGAGAAUGUGGAGGGUAGAGCCCAACAGGACGAUGAUGAACAUAAGGACCAAGACCCUGACGCUCACUUGCCAGGAAUAGCCAAGUUCUUGCCCAAGAUCAGGAAGAUGAGCUUCGGUGUAUGGGACGAUGAGGAAGAGAAAGACCAAGAGAAGGAAAUUGAGAAGGAUAAGGGAGAGAGAAAUGUGCCGAUGAGGAAGACGAAGAAGAGAAUGAAGACGGUGAGUUUGAGGUAUUUUGGGGAGACAAUGAAAAAUACAUCAAAUACGCCAGAGAAACAGCAGAAUAAGGAUGGGGUUUUUGGGAAGUAUGUUAUGCGGAAUAUGCCUGAGAGUCCACCUGAGAAGAGAAAGAAGAGUAUGAUAGAAAGAAAGAAACCAGUCAAAAAGAAUGGAUCUUCUUUUUCCUUAAUAACUCUUGAGAAAGCACAAGAAUCUUCAGUUGAUUUUAACACCAUCACUGAUGGAGAUCAUCAUCGUGACUUUGAUGACAAGGGUGAAGCUUCCCCAAUUUCCGGACAAGUAAUGGAGCAAUAUCUCAACAAAUAUGAGCUUACAGUUGAAUAUCAGAGCAAUUUAAUCCUUAAAUUACUGAGGAAUUUCUCCAAAGACUCAUGUGAAUGGAAUCAAAUCACUAAAACAAGGAAUUAUUCGAUCUAUACCACUGAUUCAGGGUCAAUUCUAGCCCCUGAAACAUUAUGCUAUAAAGCUAAGAUAUAUUUUGGCAGCUCAUAUUCAUUCGAGGAGGUCACUAAAUGCUUGACAGACCCUGAUAUUCAGACAGUAUGGGAUAAGAGUGUUGAUACAAUAGAAGAGAUCAAAAGAAUCACUUCAGAUACUAGACUGAUCAGCACAGUGCACAGAUUAUCCCAGAGUUCAAUCAGUACCUCUCUUGUCGAGCAUGAUUCUAAUGAUAAGACAUUUAUGAUUGAUUGGGAUUCGUCUAAUUCGAAGAAAUUCAUAAUCUAUACUUCCUCUGUACCAGAGCAUCUCUGGCCAGAGACAACUAGGCCUAAAUUGGUCAAUAUCUUCAAACUAAUGGUGAUUGCUGAGGGUUCACGAGCAGCCUCCGAGUCUGAAGAACUUGGGGAGUAUUCAAAGCACGAAGGUCUCCGAGACUACAAUUCAUCUAAAAAGAAAACUAGGAUUGUUAUAUACCAACAAAUUGACUAUCCUGGGCACACACAGGAGGACUACAUAGAUGGAAUCCAUAAGAUGCACAAGAAUUUAGAAAACUAUCUGAAUGUCCAGAAUCAAGCUAAAAACUCCAAAUUUUAAGCAAUAAAUUGAUUACGAAGUAUUCUCCAUCUGAAGGAAGAAGGAUGGUGAUUAAUUGAGCAUCACAAAUGUAUGCUCUCUUAUUAGAUUAAUAGUAAAGCCCAGCACAGAUGAAUAUCAAGCCCAGGUUAUCUACAAGUCUUAGAAGCAAUACGCUAUUCCUCUUCAGCAAUCAGGAGGUUACUUCGUAUCCUAAUUC